AUGCCUCAGCCACCUACCAACCAGCACACUAACCUAGCCAAACAUACCUCACAGCCACCUACCAUUACCUUACAGCCACCUCCCAACCAGCACAGUAACCUAGCUAAACAUAACUCACAGCCACCUACCAACCAGCACACUAACCUAGCCAAACUUACCUCACAGCCACCUACCAACCAGCACACUAACCCAGCCAAACAUACCUCACAGCCACCUACCAACCAGCACACUAACCUAGCCAAACAUACCUCACAGCCACCUACCAACCAGCACACUAACCUAGCUAAACAUACCUCACAGCCACCUACCAACCUAGCCAAACAUACCUCAUUGCCACCUCCCAACCAGCACAAUAACCUAGCUAAACAUAUCUCACAGCCACCUCCCAACCAGCACACUAACCUAGCCAAACAUACCUCACAGCCACCUACCAACCAGCACACUAACCUAGCAAAACAUGCCUCAUUGCCACCUACCAACCAGCACACUAACCUAGCCAAACAUACCUCACAGCCACCUACCAACCAGCACACUAACCCGGCCAAACAUACCUUACAGCCACCUCCCAACCAGCACAGUAACCUAGCUAAACAUAACUCACAGCCACCUACCAACCAGCACACUAACCUAGCCAAACAUACCUCAUUGCCACCUCCCAACCAGCACAAUAUCCUAGCUAAACAUAUCUCACAGCCACCUCCCAACCAGCACACUAACCUAGCCAAACAUACCUCACAGCCACCUACCAACCAGCACACUAACCUAGCAAAACAUGCCUCAUUGCCACCUACCAACCAGCACACUAACCUAGCCAAACAUACCUCACAGCCACCUACCAACCAGCACACUAACCCGGCCAAACAUACCUUACAGCCACCUCCCAACCAGCACAGUAACCUAGCUAAACAUAACUCACAGCCACCUACCAACCAGCACACUAACCUAGCCAAAAAUACCUCAUUGCCACCUCCCAACCAGCACAAUAUCCUAGCUAAACAUGCCCCAAACCUACCUUCCAACUAG